AUGACUUCGACCGAGCUGUUGGCAGGGGUGGUGCCCAAUGAAGGCGCGUGGCUCAUGCAUGCAUCCAGUCCUCAGGUGUUCAGACGACAUACCUUUCCACUAAUGCGAACACAAGAAGACACAAGAAAUAUGUUUGUCUGGUAUCUGACAGAGAAAGUAGGACUGGCCCCAAACAUCGCACCACUCAUUGCUAACUCGAUGAUUGUGGGCCCCGAAAUGGACACACCUUUCAAUAAUAUGGUGAGACUGUCGAAAGCAAUGGGCGAUAACUCCAUCACUUGUCCCACCAUUUAUAUGGCCGAUGAGAUGGUGGCCCGCAAUAAGACGGUUUACAUGUAUUUGUUUGAUCACAAGGCUAAGCCUACCAAAUUCGGGGAGUGGCAAGGGGUCAGUCACUACGAAGAGGUGCCGUUUGUCUUUGGAUACCCUCUGAGACGCACAAAAUACUUCAGUAAAGAUGACAUAGAAAUGACAAUGCGAAAGACUUCGACCACACCUGAGGCCAACCCGCGGGCACUGAUCGUAGUGUCGGAAGCAUCUGAUCCCGGGGUUCAAAGUCGGGCACCGACUCACUCGAGACUCUUUUGGCACUCGAGGUCCACGUCUGGAGCCCUGGCCUGCAGCGGAUUGUUUACUGUCGAUCAGGAGGAACAGGAGCUCGCAUUUCGGAUAGCCGUCGAUCAGCUCAAUAACGAGGGACUACUACUCCAUCAAAAGGUGACACUCGUGGCCCAAGUGGAAAGGGUAGAUAAUUUCGACAGCUUUCUCGCCCAACAAAAAGUGUGUGGCCUAUUGCGGAAUGGAGUGGUGGCUAUAUUUGGCCCGCAAUCGGACAUACCCUCAAUGCACGUCCAGUCCAUUUGCGAGACGUUUGAAAUUCCUCACAUCGAGACACGACUGGACUACCGGUCCCAUCGCACUGACCUCUCCAUAAAUCUCUACCCACAUCCAUUUCUAUUAUCACGGGUAUACAUGGAUUUAAUUAAGCUGUGGGACUGGGAAUCAUUUGCCAUCAUUUACGACAGCAAUGACGGUAUAAUGCAUUUCAAAGAAUUUUUUGAUAUGUCUUUAAACGAAACCUGGAAUAUAAGGACAUUUCAACUGAUGGAUGACAUCCCAUAUCGUGAUAUCUUUUGGAGAGUGAAGCAAACGAAUGAGAAAAAUAUAAUUCUCGACGCACAACAAGUGGGACUUAUUACAGAGGAACACAAUUAUUUGAUAACAUCAAUGGAUUUACUAACACUGGAUUUGGAGGACUUUAGACACAGUCGGACUAACAUAACAGCCCUAAGAAUUAUCGAUGAAAACACACUGGAGUUCAGAAAUCUAGAGGAGGAGUGGCAUAUCUAUGCCUCCCGUUUCGGGAAAAGACAUUUCUUGAGGGCUCCUGAAUUUUUCAAUACUGAUUCGGUUCUCAUCUACGAUGCCGUUAAAGUACUCGUGAUUGCACUGAAAGAGUUGUACACAUUUGAUGUCCAGCCUAUCAGUUGUGAGGGAGAAGAUCCAUGGCUUCAAGGAAGCUCUCUAAUGAAUUAUAUGAGACAGGUGCAAACAGAAGGCAUUACACGAGUCAUCAAAUUCGAUGACUCGGGUCUGAGGACAGCCUUCACUUUCGACAUAAUCAGUAUAACCCCAGAAGGAUAUGAUAUUACAGGGAAGUGGGCGUUUGGCAGAGUAGAAAAAACUAGUUUAUGGAGCAAACACCAUGCUAAGUCUGUGUUGGAUCUGCCGGUGAUUCGAGUGUCCACUGUAUUGCAGGAUCCGUUCACUAUGUCUACCAAAACAAAACAAGAGCUCAAAGGCAACGAUCGAUACGAGGGAUAUGUUGUCGAUUUAGUGCAAGAAUUGGCAAAACUCUUAAAUUUCAAGAUUGAGAUUAAACUGGUAGGUGAUGGCAACUAUGGUAGCGGUAAUCCAGUUACAGGUGAGUGGAACGGUAUGGUCGGCGAAGUGAUGAAUGGUAUCGCAGACAUAGCUAUCGCCGAUUUGGCGGUCAAUUCCGAGAGAGAAAGUGUAGUCGACUUCACGCUUCCCUUUAUGUCAACGGGAAUCUCAAUUCUGUUCAAAAAGCCGGUCACCAAAGAGACCUCUUUGUGGUCAUUCUUGUCUCCAUUCUCACCCAUUGUGUGGAUCUAUAUGUUUGGCACAUUCGUCGGGGUCAGUAUUCUCCUGUUUCUGACCGGAAGGUUCACACCAUACGAGUGGGAUAACCCUCACCCGUGCCGUCAGGACGACAAAGUGCUCGAAAAUGUGCUCAAUAUUCGCAACAGCUUCUGGUGUACUAUUGGAUCACUUAUGCAACAGGGGUCUGACAUCGCACCCAAAGCAAUGUCAACGCGAGUGAUAAUUGCCAUUUGGUACUUCUUCACACUCAUCAUCAUCUCGUCAUACACUGCAAACUUAGCCGCAUUUUUGACGGUCGAAGUCAUACCCUAUCCCUUUGAAAAUGUGGAGCAAUUGGCCGCUCAGUCCAAGAUUAAGUACGGGUGCACUAAGAAUGGGGCCACUCAUCGGUUCUUUAAUAACUCCAAUAUUGGGACGUAUCAGAAGAUCUCUGCGAAUAUGGGUAAAUGGGAUGUCUUUAUGGGCGGUCGUGCGGGAAGGGAUUACGUGGAGAAAGCCGACGGGAAGUACGCAUAUUUUAUGGAGGCGGCGCCCAUUGAGUAUAUCGUUGAAAGGUACUGCAAUUUGACUCAAGUGGGAGGUCUGCUCGACAAUAAGGGUUACGCUAUCGCUACUAAAAAAGGGUCACCCCUAAGGAAUCCCUUAUCGCAAGCUAUCCUCAAACUACAAGAGGACGGCAUACUUCAUCAGUUGAAGGAGCGGUGGUGGAAGCAGAAGGGCGGCGGACAGUGUAUCGCCAAGUCGUCGAGUUCUCUGGCAGAGUUGGGGCUCAAGAAUUUGGGCGGAGUUUUCCUCGUACUUCUCGGCGGAUCUAUUGUCGCACUUUUGAUGGCUUUCUGUGAAUUCUUGUAUAAGAUUAGGAAAGAGUCUAAAGAUGAGAAUAUUGUGGGCGUACUAUUAGAGGACUUUAAGUUUGCAAUGAUGUGUCAGACGUCGAGUAAACCGACGAGAAGGGCUCUAUUCAAUGCUGAACAGGAGGAACAGGAGCAUACAUUCCGCUAUGCAAUCGAUCGCAUCAAUAAAGAUCCUAAUAUUUUACCGCAAACCACACUAAUAGCACACGUGGCCAGUGUUGAGGGCGCCGAUAGCUUUCUGUCUCAGGAGAGAGUUUGCGGACUUUUGCGCAAUGGUGUUGUGGCCGUAUUGGGUCCGCACGACAGCAUUGUCUCAAUGCACGUACAGUCCAUUUGCGAGACCUUUGAAAUACCACACAUUGAGACGAGACACGACUUCGAGUCAUAUCGGGCCGACCUUUCCAUAAAUCUAUAUCCCCGACCAUCCCUUAUAACCGAUGCUGAUUUCCAUUCUCUGGAUUUACGCAAAUUCCUGUUCACUAGGGCUGAGUUCUCGACGUUUAGAUUCGUUGAUCCAAACAAUACUGAUGUCAAACAGUUUAUCGAUGAAUGGCAUAUAGUCUCGACAGAUGUGACCAAAAGAGACCUAUUAAAUAGUGGGAAAUGGAUUUCUGGAAAAGUGGAGAAAUACGAGAAGUGGACGAAACACUAUUUGCCUCAUUUCCUCGAAAACCCGUUGAUCCGAAUCACGUCUGUAUUUAACGACCCAUUCUUUAUGCGAAAGAAGUCGUCGUAUGAACUGAAAGGCAAUGACAGAUACGAGGGAUAUGUCAUCGAUUUAGUGGACGAGUUGGCAAAAGAGCUUAACUUUCGAUAUGUCAUACAUCCGGUCAAAGACGGCCAAUGGGGCGGUCAGGACACGAAGACCGGCCAAUGGAAUGGAAUGGUAGGCGAAGUGAUGAGAGGAGAGGCCGAUAUAGCUGUGGCCGACCUGACCAUCAACUCUAACCGCGAGCGGGCCAUAGAUUUCACGUAUCCUUUUAUGUCGACUGGUAUUACAAUCCUAUACAAGAAGCCGACAAAAACGCUGUCGUUGUGGUCUUUUAUGCUCCCAUUUUCCACCAAACUAUGGCUCUAUAUGUUUGGUAUUCUCACACUUGUGGGCAUUAUUCAGCCGCUUGUCGGCCGCUUCUCGCCAUAUGAAUGGCAGGACACCAGACCCUGUCGUACAGAGAAUCAGGUGCUCGAGAAUAUGUAUUACAUGUCCAAUAGUUUCUGGUUUGCCAUCGGAGGCAUUAUGCAACAGGGCUCAGACAUUGCACCCAGAGCGCUGUCCACACGAGUGAUUGGAGGGGUUUGGGCUUUCUUUACGCUAAUCAUAGUGUCUUCAUAUACGGCUAAUUUGGCCGCUUUUCUCACCGUAGAAGACGCCCCCUUUCCCUUCGACAGCGCCAAGUCAUUGGCCGCCCAAACAACUAUCAAAUACGGUUGUGUCGAAAACGCAGCCACACAUCGAUUCUUUAAGAGCUCAAACAUCCCGACGUAUAAAAAGAUGGCUGACUUUAUGGACGCAAAUAAGGAAGUGUUUAAGUCAAGCAACUCUUUAGGGAGGGAUACCGUGGAAGAGAGCGAAGGAAAGUAUGCCUUCUUUAUGGAGUCGGCUGUUAUUGAAUACAUAACCGAAAGGUAUUGUAAUCUAACACAAGUGGGAGGACUGCUCGACAAUAAAGGCUACGGAAUCGCCACCAGAAAAGGUUGCGAAUCGAGAAUUCAUUUAAUUACGAAUUAUUUAGUAAACCAUACGUGACAUUAGGCUCAUUAUAUCGGACCCCUCUGUCAGAAGCAAUUGUGAAACUACAAGAGACGGGAGUAUUGCGUGAAUUGAAGAUCAGGUGGUGGUCCCAGAAGUCUGGUGGAGGCGCCUGUCUUAGCAAACCCAGCGCUUCCCUGCAAGAGAUGGGACUGA